GCAAGAGGCGCCGCCGCCGCCGCCACCGCCGGGACCGGAGCGGGCACAGCCCGGGGCGCGACAGCACCGGACAGACCCUGUCACCGCCACCGUCACCGCCACCCACACCGCGGGCGUCCCCGAGCCCUCGUCCCCUGCGUGCUCCCAGGCCACGGCUCCCACCCCAAGCCCCCUCGGUCACCAGGAUGCCCCAUGUCUGCCCCGUCAGCUCUCGGUGGCCCAGCCGAGCGCGGAGCGGGCCCCCAGCCCACAGGAGCAGGAGUGGGCAGGUCCCGAGGCGCUGUGCCCGGGCUGGCUGGAGGACGAGGUCCCUGAUGGCGAGGUGCCCGAGGACAGCGGGGACCCCGGCUCUGCCACCCACGCCUACGAGCUGCUCCAGAGCGCCCUGCGCCAGGAGGGGCUGCCCCACACGCUGGACCGCUCCGCCGAGCCCCGCACGGGAUUUGGCCCGCUGGACAUGACCGUCUGCGUGCUGGGCUCCCCCACCGCCUUCCUGCCCGUCCUGCUGGAGGGUGGCACCCGCUGCCCAGGUGCCAUGGUGCUGUGCCUGUCCCCUGCCUGGGCCAGCCGGGUGCCCUCGGAGACGUCCCCGGGAGCCUGGUCCCUGCUGCUCUCCCGGGGGGUCUCCUUCCAGGCUGGGGGCCACAGCACCCUGGAGACCUUCGCUCCCCCCCGCCGGGCCAACUACGUGACUGGCACCUUCGCGACGGGUGGCCCCGAGAGUGGCUGGGUGGGCGAGCUGGCCCGCGACCUCGACUGCCCCACGGGGGGGUCGGUGCCGCUCGCCCACCGGCUGGAGGACACGCUGGUCACCCGCUGGGUGCUGGCGGCCCGCGCCGCUCUGCCCGUGCCCCCCACCUUGGCAUUCGUCCUGGGGGCGGGGGUUGACCUGCCGGCCGAGCCGGUGGCCCCCGGGGUGAGGGUGGUGCGGCUGGAGGACCCCCAGGGCCAGGAGAGCCUGGUGCAGGAGGAGGUGGGCGCCUUCCUGGGGGGCACCGCCAUGGAGCCCUACAGCCAGGUGGUGGUGCGGCCGGCGGGGUGGCGGUGGCGGGGGACGGGCGCCCGCAGCACCCACGGGAAGGCGGAGGGGGCGGCGGUGGCGCAGGCGGUGGGUGCCCGGCUCCGCGGGCUGCGGGAGGAGGACAGCGUCCUGCUGGAGGCCCUGGUGCCCACCGCCCGCCUGCCCGCGCCCCCCCCACGCAGCCCAGCCCCACGGCUGCCGGUGGCCCUGCGCAUCUGCACCCUGGUCUGCAGGUCCUGGGGGGACCGGCCCCAGCUCUGCCAGGUGGCGUGCGGCGUGGGGCGCGCGGAGGCACCGGUGCGGCACGGGGCGGCGCUGCCCCAGGGCCUGGACUCCAGCCUGCAGCAGUGGGGGGUGGUGGCCUCCGGCCAGCGGCAGGCACUGGCCACGCGACUGCGGGGGGCUGCCGAGGCCGCCAUGGCUGCCCUCCUGGCUGCCGAAGCCGAGCUGAGCCCCCAGCAGCGCGGCGGCGCCCGCGCCCACACCGACCUCCUGGGCGUGGACUUCUUGCUGGCGUGCGUGGAUGACGCCCUGGAGCUGGUGGCCCUGUCGGCCAACAGCCAGCGGUGCCUGGAGACCUGCCUGCUGGCCGAGGCCAUGGGGCGCGCCGUGGGGGAGCCCCACGGCGACCUGCCCCGCCUGCUGGCCGAGGCCCUGCUGCACCGGGCGCAGUGUCACCUGGUCGAGGGCAAGGACAUCCUCCUCAUCGGGGCCGGCGGCGUCAGCAAGAGCUUUGUCUGGGAGGCGGCCCGUGACUACGGCCUGAGGAUCCACCUGGUGGAGUCGGACCCCCAGCACUUCGCGGCGGGGCUGGUAGAGACCUUCCUGCCCUACGACAGCCGGGAGCACCGGCGGGACGAGGAGCACGCGGAGCGGGUGACGGAGCUGGUGCGCUCCCGGGGGCUGCGGCCCCACGCUUGCCUCUCUUACUGGGACGACUGCGUGGUACUGGCCGCGCUGGUGUGCCAGCGCUUGGGGCUACGAGGCAGCUCGCCCGCCGCCGUCCGGGUAGCCAAGCAGAAGAGCCGGACCCACCAACACCUUCAACGGUGCCGCCGGGGCCGCCCGCCGCCCGCCGCCUUCGCCGUGCCCUGCCGCCGCUUGCGGAGCCACGGGGACGUGGAAAGGGCGGCCGGCGCCGUCCCUUUCCCCGCCGUGGCCAAACUGGAAUUCGGAGCCGGUGGGGUGGGGGUGCGCUUGGUGGAAAACCCCGGGCAGUGCCACGCGCACGCCGCCCGCCUUUGGCGAGACCUGCGGGACGACGCCGACCACCCGGGCAUCGGCUUGGGUUGGGGCAACGCCAUGCUGCUGAUGGAGUACGUGCCGGGCACCGAGCACGACGUGGAUUUGGUGGUCUUCCAAGGGAGGCUUUUGGGUGCCUGGGUGUCCGACAACGGUCCCACCCGCCUGCCGGCUUUUUUGGAGACGGCUGCCUGCUUGCCCUCCUGCUUGCCCACCGACCGGCAAGCCCAACUGGUGCGGGCCGCCCUGCAGUGCUGCCUGGCCUGCGGGCUACGGGACGGCGUCUUCAACGUGGAGCUCAAACUGGCCCCCAGCGGCCCCCGCCUGCUGGAGAUCAACCCCCGCAUGGGGGGGUUCUACCUCCGCGACUGGAUCCGGGAGGUCUACGGCCCCGAUUUGCUGCUGGCCGCCGUCUUGGUAGCCUUGGGGCUACCCCCGGUGCUGCCCGCUCGCCCGUUGCCCCGUGCCCAUUUGGCGGGGGUGAUGUGCCUGGGUUCGGAGCACGGGGUGGCCCUGGGGGGGAAGGACGGCGGGGGCGGCGGGGGGCUGGCGGCGCUGAGGGGGCUGCAGGAGAGGGGCUUGGUGCGUCUCAACCGGCUCUUCGAGGAGCCGGCGGGGGCCGGGGAGUACGAGGAGCCCUGCCUGAGCGUGGCGUGCCAGGGGGCAACGCGGGCCGAGGCUUGCCUGCGCCUGCUGGGGCUCUGCCAGGCGCUGGGCAUCGACUCGCCCCGUUACCCCGUCGAGCAUUUCUUAUCCCAUUUUAAAUAGCCCCGGGCAAGCAGCGGGGGGGGGGGGGGGGGCAAAGUUGGGGGGGGUGGGCACGGGCAUCCACUCCGCCGGCCUGACAAACUCCUCCCGCAGCCCCGCCGCCCCCGUCCCUGGCACCCCCGACCCCCCCAUGGCAUCUCCCUGGCACCCCCUCCCGUGAAAUCUCGCUGCUGCCCUGGAUCCCAAUCCCCUGCCGACAUCCCGUCGCCUGGCAUCCCUCCUUCUCCCCUGAUAUUCCAUCCCCUGGCAUCCCUCCUUCUUCCCUGGCAUCCCAUCCCCUGGCAUCCCCCACCUCCAUCCUGGCAUCCCAUCCCCUGGCAUUCCCCCUGCUGCCCUGGAUCCCAAACCCCUGCUGACAUCCCAUCCCCUGGCAUCCCUCCUUCUCCCCUGGUAUUCCAUCCCCUGGCAUCCCUCCGACUCCCCUGGCAUCCCAUCCCCUGGCAUCCCAUCCCCUGACAUCCCAUCCCCUGGCACCCCCCACCUCCAUCCUGGCAUCCCAUCCCCUGGCAUCCCUCCUUCUCCCCUGGUAUUCCAUCCCCUGGCAUCCCUCCGACUGCUCUGGCAUCCCAAUCCCCCGCCGACAUCCCAUCCCCUGGCAUCCCCCCCACCAUCCUGGCAUCCCAUCCCCUGGCAUCCCCCCCCCUCUCCUGCCACCCCAUCCACUGGCAUCCCCCGCCUCCAUCCUGGCAUCCCAUCUCCUGGCAUCCCCCCUGCCCUGCCGCCACAUCCCCUGGCAUCCUCCCCUUCAUCCUGGCAUCCCAUCCCCUGCUUCCCUGGCACCACAUCCCUUGGCAUCCCCUGCUGUCCUGCCAUCCCAUGUCCUGGCAUCCUCCCACUCCCCUGCCACCCCGCCUCUGCCAUCCUGGCAUCCCAUCCCCUGGCAUCCCCCCAUUACCCUGGCACCUUAUAUCCUGCCACCCCAUUCCCCGGUAUU